AUGUCACGACAACAAGAUACAAGAAUCUUUAGUAUCGGAUCUUUAGUUUUAACUCCUAAGCAAGAUGAAUUCUGUUAUUAUGAAGAUAUGACGGAAACGGAAUUACAACAAGUACUUGAAAAUGUUAUUUAUUCGAAUCUAUUCCUGAGGUUAGAAAAUGACAUUUUUGAACGGUAUCUUGUGCGUCGAAAUCCUGAAAGUAUUCAAACAAUAGCGCAAAUCUUAGAAAGCGCUAAACGCGUACAAAAACUCGCACCUCAACACAGUCGCACAUCACCCGUUAUAAGCGCAAGCGGAAGUCUUGUGAAUGUUCGCGACAAAGAUUCAGCGAGCAUCGCCAGCGUCACGCCAAGUCGACACGUCACGCCGAGUCUUUUAACAGUCAGAAUACCAAGUGGAGGAUCAAAAAUUACAUAUACACAACGUAUCGAAAUGGUAAACAUCGAAAUCCGAGAAUUACAGAAAAAACUAAAAAAAAUCGAACAAAUAUCUAUAAAGAAAAAGAUAUAUUUGCGAGCACGAAUAGAAGAAAAUCAGAUCAGCAUUUGUGAAAUUUUUAAGAAUAGAGAAGAAUUUGAAGAAAAUGUUGUACAGAAAGGCAUAGAUAGCAUUACCGGGAAAAUACCGGCUGAAAAAUUUAUCAGAUUUAUAGAAGAUUCCUUGAAAGUAGUCGACAUAAUAACAGAACAAAUCAGAUUGAAGAUGACUACCAUAAAGUGUCAGAUAAGAAAAGUAAAGUUGCAGCUAAGGCAUAGAGAAGAACUGGGCGAGGCUUUACGCGUCAUAGACUUCGAACAAUUGAAGAUAGAAAAUCAAAUUUGCGUACAAAAAAUCGACGAGAAAAAUCAGUAUUUGCUUGGAAUGAAGAGAUUCGCGGAUAAAGAGGAAAAACAACUUAAAUCGAUAACGGAAUUAAUAAAUAACUUUGAGAUUCCGAAUAUUGUAGAUUCUAUUAAAUUGCGUAUGAAGCUACAGGAAUUACAAAGAAUCCAUAAGCGACUAAGUAGAGAGCGAGAAAUUCAACGAUUAACAUUUAAGUCUCGGAAAUAA